CAGUACCAGGAAAAGAGAGAUUAAGAAAAAUGAACACCUGUUAUGAUGAUAUUUAAUAAAACAACCGGGUACACAGCUAAUAGCUUAUAAAAAUAUGACUCGCAUAAGAGUAUCCGUUGUAACGACGAUGCAACAAACUCGACUUUUGAUUUAUUUGACUGCGUGAGUCGCUGUCCGGAAAAGGAUCCCGCGCAACUCCUCCGAAAUCUCUUCUUGGGGAGAGAGAGCGGCGGUUCCUCACCAGCUCGCUUCGCUGGCUUACUCAUCUCUCGCGACAACGCAAUAGUAACCUGUCAUUAUUUUCUUUACAAGGUUAAUGUAACACAACGAAAAGUUACGCUCUCACGAACGGUAGUUCCUUGGUAGUUGUUUGUGUGCAGUCUACAGUCAGUCGAACGUGACACAAAAGAAAGAAGAAGAAUAGCAAUGACCUUGCAAAUGCUGACAAGUCAAACUUCCCCCGUCGCAAGUUUCAUUAUGUGACAGCUUUCCCCCACCCAGCCCUUUUUCCUCGAACCGAAAUUAAUUCCUCUAUCCCCCAGACCGUGCGGAAGUCAUGUGAAGAAAAUUGCUCAACACCAUGUGCAUUAGGACUGCGUUCUCCGAACGCAAUUACUAGCAUUGGUCUAUACGUGCACUCUGCCGAGUGGAAUUGUCAUUAUUAGCAGAAUAUUUGUCGCAACAGUUUUCAAAGCUCAUGGAGAACUUGAACAGCUUAUCAAGACCGAAAUCCGUCACGCCAAAUGCUCCUGGCGAGAUUGUCGUCAAACCGCGACAGUCUCUAGUCGAGGAGAAGAUGGAUAUAAGCGUCAAAGGACUUUCGCCUGGCCAGGCGAUAACAUUAACAGCAAAAUUAACCGGGGAUUCGAAAGAACGGUUUGAAUCCUAUGGACAUUUUGUCGCGAAUGAAGCAGGAAAUGUUAACGUAGCGGAACAUCCCUGUCUGUACGGUACGUACACUGGAAUCGACCAAAUGGGAUUACUGUGGAGUAUGCAACCUUCACCUGGACAAAGAAAAGGACUGAGGUUGAGCAAGAAAGAUGUCACGAAGCCAUACUUCGUUCAGUUGCAGUUAUUUGAGGGCCAUGUUAAAGAUGUUGGCAAUCUUGAAGAUCUGCAGUCGGUAACUAGCGUGACAUUUGAGAAGUGGUACAUGACGGACGGAGUGCGAAGAAUUCCUGUUAGGGAUGGGAGGUUGCGUGGCACUUUGUUCCUACCUCCUGGAAAAGGGCCAUUUCCGGGUAUUAUUGAUUUGUUCGGCACUGCAGGAGGGUUAAUCGAGUUCAAAGCUUCUCUUCUGGCGUCACGUGGCUUUGCAGCCUUGGCUCUAGCAUACUUCGCGUUCGAAGACCUGCCCAUGGUGCCAACAGAAAUAGAACUGGAAUACUUUUUCGAGGCCUGUGAUUGGAUGCUUGCGCACCCUGACGUCAUGUCACGUGGCCUGGGAUUGAUGGGUGUUUCCAAAGGCUCGGAAAUGGCACUUACAGUCGCGGCACAUAGAAAAGAAAUCGCCGCAGUAGUGGCCAUCUCUCCUGCGCAUGCCAUCGUAGGAUUUCCGCUGAAAUACAAAGGGAAGCCAAUGGACUUUCUCAAAUUUGAGCCGGAUCUCGUCAAACUCUCUAAAAAUGGAGCGAUGAUCUUUCGAGAGUCGUAUCCACCAGAUGCGACGGACGUACCAGGCAAUAACGCUACCAUCAAAGUGGAAAAUAUUCAGGGGGACAUCCUACUGAUAUGCGGGGCUGAUGACCAAAGCUGGAUGUCAGAGAAAAUGGCCGAAAAAGUCCGUUUCAGGCUGCGUAAACAUGGGAAGGAGUCUUGCUGUACAGUGCAGUGCUAUCCCGGGACGGGACAUUUGAUCGAGCCCCCCUAUAUGCCCCCGUGCCACACCUCGUAUCAUAAGACGUACAGAAUGACUACAGAAUGGGGCGGACAACCUAGGGAGCAAGCAUUAGCUCAAGAAGACUCCUGGCAAUCUAUUUUGAAGUUUCUUUCGACUAAAUUAGCCGCGGCAAACCUGACGAGUCGUCUGUAGAUUUUACAACAAGAUUACUGUGACGCCAUGUGCUGAGCUACUUUCAGCAUGAAAUUAAUUACAGAUGCCCUCAGGAACAGUAAUGAACAAAGAAUUAAUGAUUUUGUAACGUUCCAAAACUGCUCAGGAGCACAUUCAUACAGAAACAAUACAUCAAAUUUAAAAUUGUUCAAUUUGAUUACAUUUUGCCGGAGUACAAUCACGUGAAACCUUUCGAAAUGAAAUUAUAGAGGUUGCCUUUAUUGACAAGUAAUCGUGUGACGAAAUGUUAACCUGUGUCAACUGGCUGAUUGUUCAGUGCCUCCGAAUGAGCCAUGUUGUAAACGAGCAAGGGACUGGGUAGAAAUAUUUUAGUCAAUUUUAAAUUUGAAAAACUGGGCCUGGUUCCUAAAAGAGCAUCUAAUGUCUUCACCAUAUCUUCAAUACAAAAAUGUUAUUUUUGAUAUAACCAAAAAGGUAAAAGAGAUAACUAUUCUUUGAUAAUAAGCUAAAAACCCUAGUUACUUGAUGUAACAACGCCAAGAAACUAAAAGAAACUAUCAACUUAAGUGAGGAAGAGCUGAAACUUUCUUUCAUUGUUCCUCGCACCAUAGCUUAUGAACCUUAUGACUUCAAUAUGAGCACAAAAAGCAAAACUGACAGUGAAUUUUCUUGCGUUUCCUUCGGUAAAAUUUCGUGAAAUUUGGCAGACUGGUAAUAAAUAUUUUACUUCAGUUGGAGCUCGUUUUCCAGGGAAAUCUAUAAGACUAGUACUAAUUAUCAAAUAUUAUACAAUUGCAGUCCUAAUUUUAAAUUACAAUACAUUUACAACUAACGGUAACGUAAUAUAUUUUUAAUUGCUAACAGCAGCAAUUGCGCAGCUGUUUUAGCUACUCUUUGUAUUUUGCAAUGCCUUUUUGAUGUAAUGAAUUAAUAAUAAUUAAAAAAGGUUAGCAAAUGUCCGUGUUUUUGGUUCAAACUCAAAGAUGUAAUGCACUUUUGAGCUUUGUAUGGUUUGCUGUGGGAGUUGAGGUGUCUUCAUGGUUAGUGCGCUCGACUCCAGAUAGAGCGGUCUGGGUUCGAGCCCUGGCUGGAGACGUUAUGUUGUG